GUUACGUUACGCUGCUUGGCAACAGAAAACAGCUCACGGGGAAAAUGGCGAAAUUUGUAAUUGCGGCACAGAGUUAGAUAGACCAUGGCUAAAGUUCAACUGGACUUUACAAUGUUGAUGGUGUUAUCCUAUCAGUGGCAGGGCAAACUGCCCCUAUUAUGCUAAAGUGGAACUCCUUGCAGAUGAACUGAAAGCCACUUUGCAGGAUUUUUCUGUACACAAAAUUGUUAAACAACCAGCAGAAUGGGAGGAUUGGCUACAACAACAAUGCAAACAGAACAACUGGUCAUUCAAGAAAUCACCAAUCGUUUGGAGAGAACUUAUUGAAAGAGGUGGCAAAGGAGUUCUUAUAGGUGGCUCAAACGAAUUCCAAGAAUAUGCCUAUAGCUAUUAUGGUGUCUCAUCUGAGCAAAUGAGCAUUGACAUGACCAAAAUUGCAUCUGAGAAUUUGGAGACAAAAGUUGUUGUUGAUGCGGAGGAACAGCAUAGACUAAGCCUGAGUAAGCCUCUUCAAGUAUGCAUCACAAAUUCGUCUAGUCCUAUAGCCUAUCACAUGGUCAAUGAAAUAGCAAGAGGAGAUGUUCUGGGACAUGACAAGGAAGUGAGCAUUAGACUCUUGACAAAACCUGCAGACAAGGACUUUGUAGAGGGACAAUGCAUGGAAGCAUUUGACCUAGCUUGUCCAUUGCUGAGGAAUGUGAAGGUUCACACAGAUGCCACAGUAGCUCUUACUGGCGUACAUGUUGCAGUGUUUCUUGAUGAGUUUUGUUUGACAGAAGAAGAAAGUGCCAAGCUUGGGGGUGUCAGCCAAGAAGGUUGUGCACAGUUUGCUCAGUAUGGACGCAUUUUGAACCAGUAUGCCGAUCAAGAUGUCAAGGUCUUGAUCAGUGGUAAAGGCAAACUGAACUUUUCUGCACUAAUGCUCAAACACAGUGCCCCAAGGAUUGCCCGACAGAACAUUAUAAUUACCCCACGACUUCAGGAGAAUCGAGCAAAAGCAGCCAUAGCUAGGAAGAUCAACGUCAAUUCUGCGAGCGUGGCUGAUUUGAUCAUCUGGGGAAACAUUGGGGGUAUUACUCAUAAUGACAUCUCAGAGGCUCGUGUGUUCAAGUAUGAGGGAGCUGUCUGGGGUCCACCUUCAUUCUCAAGGCCUGUGACAGAAGUUGUUCAUGAUGAAAAAUGGCUCCAGACAGAGUAUCCUCAACUUCUCCAGAACCACCCCAAUGCUUUGGAAACCAUGCUGAAUCACAAAGUUGCCAUGUCAGAGGCUCAUGCUGUGACAAGUGUUCUUAACCACUGGUUCAAUGGGUCACCCGAUAAAGAAGUAUUUUCACUGGGAGUUUAUUCAGAUGGAUGGUAUGAGUUGCCAGUGGACAUCUUCUUCUCCCUUCCUGUCAAAUUUCAGAAAGGUGCCUGGGAAGUUGUCCAAGAUCGUCAGAUUACCCCUGAGGUACGGGUCCAGCUGGAUCAGAUCACCAAUGAGUUGAUUCAUGAAAGGUAUAUUAUCUUCCCCCCACCCAAAGCAGAUACCCCUCCCCCAGAGUCCUCCAUCGAGGGAGAACCAACUCCAGUAGAGGAUGCUGGGAUGGUUUUUGGCGAGGGAGAGAAAGAGAAGGGAAAGGAAGGAUCGUCAUCAGGAACAGAAGGUGAAACAUCUUCAUCACAGGAGUCAAGGUCAGGAAACCUUUCAAGGAUUGCAGAGGAAUCAGAAAGCGAUGCCAUCAAAGGAAGGCCGGAGAGUAAAUCUGAAGGAGAAAAAUCUAAACCAGCAACACCACAGGCAGCUGAACCUGUGUAGAUAUAUCAAGAACGGUUUACUGGUGACUAAUGGUCUUUGAGCAUUCUUUACAUGAACAGGAUUUUUUUUUUAUGAAGACAAGAUUGUUUGUUGACUAGCAAAUGAUUUCCUUCCAAUCAAAUUCUAAUUUUUAGGAUGCUAAUUAUAUCACCAUCAUGUUAGUGAAGUUCAGGUCCACUCACAACAAUACGUUGCAAUUGAUAAAUAGUGAAAAAUUAAACAAAUUCAUCCGUGAAAGUUUCAUCAUAAUUAAAUGUAAAAUAAGAAAAAUGCAAUACCGGUAUUUGAAAAGUUUGCUUAAUUUCACUAAACACUGAAACAAAUCCUGGUCAGUAUGCAAAUGAGGGAACUAGAAAUGUCACCCAUUUACUAUUAUUUUGUUGCAUAGAAUUUGAAAUAUAUUUAUUUUUUCCAUAUUAUAAUGCUAAAUAAGUUUUGAUUCCUGCUGGUAGGGCAUGUGGAAUUACUUUGGCUCCAACGUAGAUAGAAGUGCUUUCUUGUCAAAUAUUGAAAAAUUGAAAUAUUCUGUAGUUCAUUUAAUGAAAUUCAAAAUAAAUAGUGAAUGUGUGACAUUAUCAAUUUGAUCUCAUUUGCAUAUCACCUGAUUGUGCAUAACACUACCAAUUUUCAUGAAAAUUUCAUUGUUUUUUUUUUCUGUCCAUGCAAAUAAACUUUGUUGUAGUGGACUUUACCUUUACGAUAGAAUAAAUUUCAACAUUCUGCCCAGCAGUGAUUAUAGAUACAGAUUCUUAAACGAUUCCUUAGAAAUGCAGAAUGUUUUUAAUCCUUAUUAUUAACAGGGAUACUAUAGUAUAGUAUAAAUAAUCAUAAUUGCCCAAUAUAACAAAGUAGUGCAUGAAAUUGUUGUAAUAUUCAUAGUACCACAUAUCGAGAAUGCUUUAUUUCAUUCAUUUUUCUUUUGACGGCAUGACACGAAGGUGAAAGAAACUUUGUGUUCAGUCAAAAUUUAUCAUAAUGCACUUAAAAAUGAUGAAUAGGUUAGCUUGUGUUUGAUGUAGCUUCCAUUAUUAAUUAACUAGAUGCCUUCAUUGAUUAAAAUGAAUGUGUGCACUCUCCUUUAUAUUGUAUUAUAUUACUGUAUCAUGAACCUUUGUUCCUCUAUACAUAUAUGUCUUUCUACAUCUGCAUUUAAGGCAAAAGUUUGUCUUUUUUCAAUGUUCUAAAUGCACCUUAACGCCCUCUACCUUCGACUUAACUUCUGUGUAUUAUUACAGAAUAAGCCCAUUCAUAGACAUUGCCCUUAUGUAGGAUGUAUGCAUAUAUAUAUAUAUAUAUGUUUAUAUGUAUUAUAUAUGAAUUUCAAGAUUAAAUGUGUUCUUGUAUUGUACAUACUGUUACAUGUAAUAUGGGGAAACUGGUCUCUGUAUGUAAUUGCAAAGCUCCUUAUAAACAGCUUAUUUGAGUGUUGGUCGGCUGUGAUGCUAUUGCACUUCGCAUGACAUCAAUGUGUACAUGUAUCUUCCACACUGUAAGGAUACUAGUGCUUAUUACAGUGCUGAAGAUGGCGGUGCAUCACUCCAUCUAUUGACCUUUUUCCUGUUGGCAAGGGAUUCCGAAUUCACAAACAUGGCUGGGUUUCUCCAUAUUUAUGGUAACAUAUACAUGUACAGUGUAGAUGUAGUAUAUAUUAUGCAAGCAGAAAGUUAAAUAAUUUCACCAGACAAUAUAGUGCCCAAAUUGCUGUGAUGCAUAGCUGUCUACUUUUCGAAACCACCAAAAUUGUGCUUUCUUUUCUAAUUCUGUUUAACUUCCUCUUACAGGUAUCUGCCUGUUUAUUGAGUUGAAAUUGAUUGAUAUUACUAGGAAAAUUUAUAAAUUUAUUGACAAGGUCUUUUGCUUUUGUAAAUAAGAGAAUUGUAUAUAAUAUUAAUACUAUUGCUUUGUACUUGAUGCAUUAAAAUGAAAUUAUAUUUGAAUUUAUGCAGGUACAUGCAUGUAUGUUCAUAGUAAGCAAGAAAAGUGUAAUAAAGAUUUUAUUUACCAUUA